AUGGGCAAGAGCCGUCAGAACUCGACCACCACGGUCGACCGUGAGAAGGAUGAGAUCCAGAAAGCUAUGGGCCACGAAAAGGCAGAGUUCGAAGCCCUUGAAGUAGCUCGUCAUGGCGGUCGUGAGAUCGACGAGCUCAUCGAUGACAUGGAGCGCCAGCUCGAUGAGUCCGGCGGUCUGAAGAAGGGCUUCUUCCAGGUCCAGUUCGCUAACCCCAAGCACUUCACCUGGCUCCUGGUAGCCUUCGCGUCCAUGGGCGGUCUCCUCUCCGGUCUUGACCAGUCUCUCAUCAGCGGCGCGAAUUUAUUCCUGCCUGACGACCUUGGCCUCACUGAGCAUGAGAACAGUCUUGUCAACUCUGGCAUGCCGCUUGGCGCUGUUGGUGGCGCGCUGCUUUUGUCGCCUGCGAACGAGUACUUUGGCCGAAAGGGCGCUAUCAUAAUCUCUAUUAUUCUUUACACUAUUGGUGCUGCCUUGGAAGCUGGUUCAAUCAACUUUGGUAUGAUUGUCUCAUCACGUGUCAUUCUCGGUCUCGGAGUCGGUCUUGAAGGCGGUACAGUCCCUGUCUACGUCGCUGAGACCGUUGAGCGCCGAAUCCGUGGUAACCUCGUCUCUCUGUACCAAUUCAACAUCGCUCUGGGUGAAGUCCUUGGGUACGCUGUAGGCGCCAUCUUUCUCAACGUCCCCGGCAACUGGCGCUACAUUCUCGGUUCAUCUCUCCUCUUCUCGACCAUCAUGUUCUUCGGCAUGCUCUUCCUCCCCGAGUCUCCCCGUUUCCUCAUCCACCAGAAGCGCCACCUCGAUGCCUACAAGGUCUGGAAACGCAUUCGCGGUAUUGAGGACCACGAAUCCCGUGAGGAAUUCUACGUCAUGAGUGCCUCUGUCAUUUCGGAGGAGAAUGCUGUCGCUGAAGGUGCCAAGAACCAUCGCUUCCCUUGGAUGGACUUCUUUACUGAGCCCCGUGCUCGUCGCGCUCUUGUCUACGCCAACAUCAUGAUUCUUCUUGGCCAGCUCACUGGUGUCAAUGCUAUCAUGUACUACAUGUCUGUUCUCAUGAACCAGAUUGGCUUUGACAAGAAGGAAUCUAACUACAUGUCCCUUGUUGGUGGUGGAUCUCUUCUCCUCGGUACUAUCCCCGCCAUCUUCCUUAUGGAGAGGUUCGGUCGACGCUUCUGGGCUAUCACUAUGUUGCCUGGAUUCUUUAUCGGACUGGUCUUGAUUGGUGUCAGUUAUCAGUUCGAUGUCAAGACUCAGCUUCAGACUGUUGAGGGUCUUUACCUCUCCGGCCUCAUCAUCUACAUGGGCUUCUUCGGUUCCUACGCUUGUCUGACCUGGGUUGUUCCCUCUGAGGUCUACCCAACCUACCUUCGAAGUUACGGAAUGACUACAUCUGAUGCUCUUCUCUUCCUCGCCUCUUUCGUCGUCACAUACAACUUCACUGCCAUGCAAAACGCCAUGGGCAGGACUGGCCUUGCUCUGGGCUUCUAUGGUGGUAUUGCGUUCGUUGGUGAGAUCUACCAGAUCUUCUUCAUGCCCGAGACCAAGAACAAGACUCUGGAAGAGAUUGAUGUUGUCUUCUCUAGACCUACCAUGGAUAUUGUUAGGGAGAACUGGGCUGGUGUUAAGGAGACUACUCACCUCCUCCUCACUGGACAUUGGCACAAGGUCUUUGUCGAGCAGGCCAUGACUGAUCCCAAGGAUCAGGUCCAGGUCUCUCAUGCUUAG